AAACACAAGCCCUGGAUUGAGACAUCGUACCACGGAGUCAUAACUGAAAACAAUGACACUGUAAUUUUGGAUCCUCCCCUUGUUGCUUUGGAUAAAGAUGCACCUGUUCCCUUUGCAGGUGAAAUUUGUGCUUUUAAAAUCCACGGACAAGAAAUGCCCUUCGAAGCUGUUGUGCUAAACAAGACAUCUGGAGAAGGUCGUCUUCGAGCAAAAAGUCCUAUUGACUGUGAACUGCAGAAGGAAUACACAUUCAUUAUCCAGGCCUAUGACUGUGGAUCAGGACCAAGUGGAACAAACUGGAAGAAAUCUCACAAGGCAGUGGUCCAUAUCCAGGUAAAGGAUGUCAAUGAGUUUUCACCAGCUUUCAAGGAGAGUGUGUAUAAGGCCACCGUGACAGAGGGAAAGAUCUAUGACAGCAUACUGCAGGUAGAAGCCAUAGACGAGGACUGUUCCCCACAGUAUAGCCAGAUCUGCAAUUAUGAAAUUGUCACAACUGAUGUUCCUUUUGCCAUUGACAGAAAUGGUAAUAUCAGAAACACUGAGAAACUGAACUAUGAUAAAGAGCACCAGUAUGAGAUAAUGGUAACAGCUUUUGACUGUGGGCAAAAACAUGCAACAGAAGAUGUCUUAGUACGAGUUCAUGUCAAACCAGUGUGCAAACCAGGCUGGCAAGACUGGAACAAACGGAUUGAAUACAAGCCUGGUUCUGGCAGCAUACCUUUGUUUCCCAGCAUUCAUCUAGAAACAUGUGAUGGACCAGUUUCCUCAAUACAUACCACCAUUGAAUUACAGACCAAUUACAUUGCAAAGGGCUGCGAUCGUGAAACGUACUCAGAAAAAUCGCUGCAGAAAUUAUGUGGAGCUUCCUCAGGUGCCAUUGACCUUUUACCGUCUCCCAGUGCAACAACUAACUGGACAGCUGGGCUUCUCAUGGAUAACAAUGACAUGAUUUUUAAAUUUGAUGGAAAGCAAGGAGCCAAAAUCCCAGAUGGAAUAGUACCGAAGAAUUUAACUGAUCAAUUCACCAUCACUCUGUGGAUGAAACAUGGACCCAGUCCAGGAUUAAGAGCUGAGAAAGAGACUAUUCUCUGCAACUCUGACAAGACAGAGAUGAACCGACAUCACUAUGCCCUGUACGUGCACAACUGCCGAUUAGUAUUUCUGUUGCGCAAAGACUUUGAUCAGGCUGACACCUUUCGUCCUGCGGAGUUCCACUGGAAACUGGAUCAGAUUUGUGAUAAAGAAUGGCAUUACUACGUUGUCAAUGUUGAGUUUCCCGUUGUUACAUUAUACAUGGAUGGAACAACAUAUGAACCUUAUCUUGUAACCAAUGAUUGGCCUAUCCACCCUUCACACAUAGCCAUGCAGCUGACAGUUGGUGCUUGUUGGCAAGGAGGUGAAGUCACCAAGCCCAGAUUUGCUCAGUAUUUCCAUGGCAGCCUGGCCAGUCUAACUAUCCGGCCAGGCAAAAUUGAGAGUCAGAAAGUGAUUUCCUGUUUGCAGGCCUGCAAGGAAGGUCUGGAUAUUAAUUCUCUUGAGAGUCUUGGCCAAGGAAUAAAGUAUCACUUCAACCCUUCCCAGUCAGUCCUUGUCAUGGAAGGAGAUGACAUUGAGAAUAUAAAUCAAGCGCUCCGAAAGGUCUCAUACAUCAACUCUAGACAGUUUCCUACUGCAGGAGUACGACGUCUCAAAGUCUCAUCUAAAGUCCAAUGUUUUGGUGAAGAUGUCUGCAUUAGUAUCCCAGAUAUAGAUGCGUAUGUAAUGGUGUUUCAGGCCAAUGAGCCCAAGAUUACAAUAAGUGGGAUGGACCACUUUGCUAGACCAGCUGCACAAUUUGAAAGUGAAAGAGGUGUUAUUUUGUUACCUGACAUCAGGAUUGUCAGCACAGUCACUAAAAUGGAGCAUCCAGUGGGCUUAAAAGAGCAUGACAGAGCCAAUAAGCCAGUGUUAUUAGAGGAAAUGCUCCACAACUUGGAUUUCUGUGAUAUUUUGGUCAUUGGCACAGAACUAGAUCCUGAACAAGAGUGUUUAGAACUAGAUCAUGUGGAGCUUCAAGGAAAACGUCUAGACGCCACAAAUUCCACAGCAGGAUAUUCAAUCUACGGUGUGGACAGCAUGCACAACUAUGAACAAGUUCUUCGGCAGAUUCGAUAUCGUAACUGGUACACUUCUGCCACCUUUGACAGAAAGUUCAGAGUCAAGUGCUCAGAGCUAAAUGGACGUUAUACUAGCAAUGAAUUUAACUUGGAGGUUAAUAUUCUACACAGCUCCAACUCCAACUUCAUGGACCACGUAAAUCAUAUGAUAGUACAACCACAAUUUCUCCAGUCUGUCCACCACCCAGAGGGAACCAUAAGUGCUGUUCACAACUCAGUUGUUCCAAGUGUGGCUACUAUCGUUAUCAUAAUCUGUGUGAGCGUACUCAUUUUCAUCAUAACCUUGGGGGUCUAUCGAAUUCGGACAGCUCAUCAGCACAGCUCUGCAGACAAUGAAGGAAGUAAAGAAAAUGAAAUGGAUUGGGAUGAUUCUGCUCUGACUAUUACCGUCAACCCCAUGGAGAAAUAUGAAAAGCCUCACCAGACAGAAGAGGAGAGUGAGGAAGAAGACAUAGAAGAUGAAGAGGAAGACACAACCAGUGCUGAAUCAGAUGAAAGUGAAGAGGAGGAGGAGGAGGAAGAAGAGGAAGUGAUUGUCCAAAAGGGAGACAAACAGAAUGUCACCAGGCGAGAGCAGUUGGAGUGGGAUAAUUCAACACUCCCGUACUAA